AUGCCCAACCACAAACCACAACACGGCUCUCCUACAACCACAACAACGGGUCCUAGACAACCCACCACAACUGCCCUCGCACUCAUCCGGACGCACAACCACACCACAACGCCCCCGAGACACCACCAAACUCCCCUACUACAACCACAAAGCUCCACGAGAUCAACGACUCCGCCGACCACACCACACUACGCCCCCUCCAAAACACAAACCAACUCCCCCUACCCACCACAACCAACGCCCCUACUACAACCACCUCAACUAUCCCCCGACACACCACAAACACCACCUUACUACACCCACAACAAACGUCCCUCCUACAACCACAACAAUCCCCCUACUACAACCACAAAUACUCCCCCUCUACAAAACGACAACUACUCCGCCUACACAUACCACAAACCACUCACCGACCCACAUCUGAAACUUCCCCACGUACAACAACUACUUCACCCUACACAACACAACAGCUCCCCCUUACUUACAACCACAGAUCUACCCCUUACGGACAACCACAAACCACCCCUUACCACAACCCUACAACUCCCCUACCACAACCACACCACACCUACUACCCAACAACUACUAUACAAACUACUCCCCCUAACCACCCAACAACUUCCCUCCCACACACACACUUACUCCCCCAGCACCUACUACAACACCCCUACGACAACAACACAAUACCCUCCGACUAAACUACUCGCCACCACAAACCAACUACUCCUCUCACGUACCCCAACACCACCUACUACAACCACAACACAAACUCACCCUACUCUACAACCACACUACUCCCCUUACCACAACCACAACAGUUCCCCCUUACUACAGUCCACAAACUGCGUUCUCCUACUACAACACAACUACUCCGCCUACCACAAUCUAUCCCCUAACCACAAUCACGAACAACUCCCCCGUACAACAACAAACUACGCCCCCUACUACAACCACAACAGUUCCCCCUACUACAGCCCACAAGACUCCCCCCACUACAACCACAACUAUCAGCCGACCACAACCUCCAACUACUCCCUCGACCAAUCACGACACCUCCCCCAAUUCCCCGAAUACAGCACAACUGCUUACCGACGACAACACAACUACGCCUGCAAGACACAAUUCCGCCCCCUUACACAAUCACGACAACUCCCCGAGACAACAACAAACGACUCCCCCUACGACAACCACAACAGUCCCCCUAUACUAGCCACAACUACUCCCCCCUACCACAACCACACAACACUCCCUACCACUAACCACGAUCAACCACUCCUACCACAACCACAAACUACUACCCUACCACAACCACAAACUAUCCCCUACUACAACCACGACAACACCCCCUACCACAACCACAACAACACCCCCUACCACAACCACGACAACACCUCCUACCACAACCACAACUACUCCCCCUACCACGACUACAACCACUACUUUCCCUACAACAACCACUACUCCCCCUACAACAACCACAACUACUCCCCCUACCACAACCACGACAACACCUCCUACCACAACCACAACUACUCCCCCUACCACGACUACCCCGACUACAACCACUACUUUCCCUACAACAACCACUACUCCCCCUACAACAACCAUAACUACUCCCCCUACCACAACCAUGACAACACCUCCUACCACAACUACUCCCACUACCACAACGACAAUAACUCUCCCGACUACAACCACGACUACUCCCCCUACUACAACUACAACUACUCCCCCUACCACAACCACUCACCCUACCACAAUGGCUCCCCCUACUACAACUACAAGUACUCCCCCUACCACAACCACAACUACUCCCCCUACCACAACCACUCCCACUACUACAACUACUCCCCCUACUACAACCACAACAACUCUCGCUACCACAACAGAUGUUUGUGA